AUGUCGGUCACGUAUUACGACUAUUAUGAUGGCAGUAAAAUUUUCGUCUUCCUAUCUAAUAGAAUUGGUCUUCCGAUAGAUCUGGUUAAUUUUUUAAUCUCACAAAUAGCUGCACUAUGCCUGGCCAGACUAUUUCGGAAACCAUUGCGGCUUGCUUCACCAGAAUUUCGUCAUUUUGUAUGCCUUGCUAUAGGUUUGCUAAUGGGAUAUUUCUGCUUCGGAAAACAAGCGGUGCAUCUGUCAGUUCUGCCAAUGUUAAGUUAUAUUCUGCUGAAGACGUUACCGUAUCACUUCUUGGGAAAUGUUAUUUUGACCACGUCCAUGUUAUAUUUAUCAUGUAUUCACGUACACCGGCAACUUUACCACACUUCGGACUACACGUUAGAUAUUACAGGUCCUCUUAUGGUGAUAACGCAGAGGAUAACAUCGCUAGCGUAUUUGUUGCAAGAUAAUUUAGUUAGACAUGAAAUUAACUCGAACAAUAAUAUGAAGGACGAUGGGCAGGCCGCUAAAGUCGACAAAAUACCAUCACCCCUUGAAUAUUUCGCAUACACAUUAGCUUUCCAAACUCUAAUGUGUGGGCCAGUUGUUUUUUACUCCGACUAUAUUAAAUUUAUUGAAGGAGCUCGAGUUGACGGGGUUGCAAAGGAUAAAUCGAGUCAGUCAGAGCCAUCUCCACGGCGUGCAGUUUUUUAUAAAGUAGCGGGAUCCGUUGCUGCUGCUGUAUUAUAUUUGACUCUUGCUAAAAAAUACCCGCUCACAGUGUUAGAAGAGCUGACCGACCCUACAUCGGAAGUAUCACGAUCGUGGUCGGCUUUAUAUUUACUUUGGUACGCGUACCUAUCCACAUUAGUAGUACGAUGCAAAUAUUAUCAUGCAUGGUUGCUCUCAGAAGCGAUAUGUAACAACUGUGGUAUGGGUUUCAAUGGGUACGACGCUAAUGGUACGCCCAAAUGGGACAAAAUGUCCAAUAUCGACGUUUUUGGGUUCGAGCUGGCGCAGAACUUCCGCGCGGCGGUGGCGUGCUGGAACAAGAACACGAACGCGUGGCUGCGCAGCGUGGCGUACGAGCGCGGCGGCCUGGGCACGGCGCGCGUGUACGCGCUGUCCGCGCUCUGGCACGGCUUCCUGCCCGGCUACUACCUCACCUUCUUCGCGGGAGGACUCUUCACCCUCGCCGCUAAAAAGGUGCGUGCUGUGGUUCGUCCAAUGUUUUUAGAUAGCAGACCCAAGAAAUUGUUCUACGAUUCAUUGACUUUCAUAACUACUCGUAUUGCAAUGACUUACGCCACAGUGCCUUUCAUCUUAUUACACCUUACUCCCAGUCUCGCAUUUUAUGGGAAAUUUUACUAUUCCCUGCACUUCAUUGCGCUGGGUGCAUUGUUAUUGCCGAGCAAACCAAACCGUUUAUCAAACAAUUCAUCAAACCUGGAACUUCCGCCUACUUCUUCAAACGGUAAUAAAGAUAUGUUAUCCAGCAAUGACAACUUUGGCAAAGAAAACGGUAAAUUAAAAACAUCUUAA